AUGGCACUGGAACAUGAUGUUCGCCAGCUGCGACCUGCUCGGCCGUCGAUCAGCUACGCAAAGUCUGAGGGCUCAACGGCAACCCCGACCACGUCUCCCACCUCCAGCUUUGGAGAUCCUACGAGCAACUCCCAGACCUUCAUCGAGUUCGACGACAGUAGCGCCGAUGAGCUCGAGCAAGCGGCGGAUGACGAUAACGAUGUCAUUCAGGUUGCUCCACGCCGAACGUCCACGCGCGAGCUCCCACCACGCUCCACGAGGAGCAAAGUGAGCUACGCCACCCCAAAGAGACCUCUAAAGAAGAAGAAGAAGGCUUCGCUCAAGGUCGGGAAGUCCAAGUCCAAGUCAAAAAAGUUGACUUCAGAUCUUCUUGCUGCUCAAAAGACGAAGCCUGAGGAUGUUGUCGAGACUGAUCGUCAGAAAGCUCGCAAUGACAUCGCUCUACAUACGAAACCGAAACGCGAUGCCUUCUUCCUCGCGCACAAGGAUUACUUCCUGCCGCUCCUUCCCGAAUCCAACCACCUUGUCAAGCUCCAGCGCCUCAAAGACGCUGAUGGAAAUGAUGAUGACCACGAAUCAAAGAUUGUCCCGUACACUGAAUUCACCGCACAGCCUGCAGGGGUUAUGGCUACAAUGAAGCCAUAUCAACUCCAAGGUCUCUCGUUCCUGGUCUACAUGUACGAAAAUGGUGUCAACGCGAUUCUGGGAGACGAAAUGGGCCUCGGCAAGACGUUGCAGACGCUCUCCCUGCUUCAGCACCUGAAGAACAACAACCGGGCUACGGGAGGCGAGCCUCGUCCCACGCUUGUGGUCUGCCCAUUGAGUGUGCUCUCUUCUUGGAUGAACGAAGCGAAGAAGUGGGUGCCGGAGCUCAAUGUCGUCAGAUUCCAUGGCCCCAAGAUGGAGCGUGAAAGAUUGAAGGCGGAUUGUCGGGCAGCUGGAAGAGCGGCCAACAUCGAUGUCAUUGUCACCACCUACGAAGCCUUUGUCGCAGAACAAGGCUGGUUCAAGCGAGGAUUUGUUUGGCGCUACUGCAUUCUGGAUGAAGGACACAAGAUCAAGAACAGCAAAUCAGAUGUUGCACAGGCACUGCAGGGGAUGAGCUCCGAACACCGGCUUCUACUUACUGGCACGCCGCUGCAGAAUAAUCUCACUGAGAUGUGGGCUCUGCUGCAUUGGUUGUACGACGAAGUAUUCACGAUCGAUACGGCGGACAAGUUCAAGCGCGCUUUCGACCUGACCAAAGGAAAGAUCUCCACUGAUUUCAUGGACGACGCACGCCGCCUCCUCGAAUUGGUGAUGCUGAGACGGAUGAAGAACAGUCCUGGUGUGAACCUUGGCUUGCCACCGAAGGAGGAUGUACUGCUCUACGUCCCAUUGUCUCCAAUGCAACGCUUCUGGUACACUCGACUGUUGACGAAGACCGAUAAUGUUUUACUAGAGGAGCUGUUCAAAGGGGCAAAGGCGAAGGAAAUCAACGCUUUGAAGUCGGAAGCCGAGGAGGAUAAGCAGCUCAAGGUGCUGACUGCUGCGGCAGAGACUCUCGCCAACCCGAACAACGACGCAUGGAAUGAGAGCAAGGAGAUCUUGCAGAAGGCAAUCCAGUUUGAGGCUGCUGACAGCUCCAAGACUGAGUGGCAGAGGUUGAUGAACCUCAUCUUGCAGCUGCGCAAGGUCUGCAGCCAUCCAUACAUCUUCCCUCACUCCGCGCCGGAGCCGUACUACCUGGGAGACCACAUCAAGACAGCCUCCGGCAAAUUCAUCGUCCUCGACAAGCUGAUUGACGAGCUGGUUGUGAAUCAAGGCAAGAAGGUCCUCAUUUUCGCUGGACUGAACAAGACACUGGACUUGUGUGAGGACCUACUCACUCUCAAAGGAGCCAAUACUGUCUCGAACGCCAGCUUUCGCUACACUCGCUUCGAUGGAUCUACGUCACGAGCGAGGCGUAACCUCGACAUCCGCCUGUUCAAUGCAGAGAGCGACGUCAAAGUCAUGCUGAUCUCCACUCGGUCGGGAGGACUCGGGAUCAAUCUCACGGCUGCUACAAAUGUAGUGUUCAUGGAUGAGGACUGGAAUCCACAGGUCUCUGUUCAAGCCGAAGCCCGGGCCCAUCGAAUUGGGCAGACGCAGAAAGUGACGAUCUACCGACUCUGUACGCAAGGAACUGUUGAGGAGCACAUGCUAGGGCGCAUUCGCAAAAAGCUAUACCUCUCGACCAAGAUCACCGAGAGCAUGCGCAAUAUUCAUACCGCGGGUGCGUCGAAUAAGCGCAAGCGAACAUCAGACCAGGCGACGGCGGAAGAUGACACACCUCAUCUGGACACAACGUCACUAAAGUCGCUCAUCCGUCGUGGUGCGCAGACGCUCGCAGCACCUGUCGUUGAUGUCACGGAGAUGUUGGAAUGGGAUUGGGAGACGACACUCGAGCGUUGCAAAGACAAGACUGCGGAUCCUGGACUUGUCGACACCGCUGGAGAUGCGGAUGAAGUGAGCUGGUUGAACUCGAUGGAGAGAGUGGAAUGUGCCGUCUUCGAAGGCAAGAACCAUCAGAAGGAGGCCUUGAAGGAGGCCGCUGUCGAGCUCGAUAUCAGCCGCGCUGACCGCCGUGUGGGGAAGAACACAACCGUAAUGAUCGACGGCUUCGCUAUCAACAAGGAAUCUCUGGCGUGUGCUGAUUGGGAAGCCGUGCCUACGAUGGCUGGCAAGGAUCCUCGUCUCGCCGAGCCCAAGAGAGCAAAAAAGGCCAAGAUCGAGCACCAAGACUUCUGCCAGACCUGCGGCGACAAUGGCAAGCCUGAGCUCGUGUCUUGUUCGGGCUGUCCACGCUCGUAUCACGUUAGCUGCCUGGACACCGCCUUCCAGGGCAAAGCGAAGGGCAUGAUGUUCUACUGUCCACAGCACGAGUGUGUCGAUUGCCAGGCCAAGACUUCGGACGCAGGAGGCAUGAUCUACCGCUGUCGAUGGUGCGAGAAUGGUUUCUGCGAGGACUGCUUGGAUUGGGAGACGACCAGGCUCGUUGGUGACUCGCUUCCAGAGUACCAGAUGCUAGGCUUCGGCGCCAUGGCCAAUGCCUACUAUAUUGAGUGCGCACCUUGCUUGAAGCGUUGGGAGAUGGAUCCGAAGCUUGGUGAGGCUGUGGGAGCUGACCGGCUGGACAUUGAGACGGCAUACCAGGAUUUCCUGGCUGGCGGGGCGAGUGUUUUGGACGAGACUGAGACCCCGGAGACGAUCUCGGAGGUUGGCACUCCGGCGGAGUUUGCUUUCGAUCACCCGUUUCCGAAGAAGAUGAAGAAGUACUAG